GCCUGGAGCCGCGGCCGGGUGUCCACUCGGAAAUCUUCGGCUGAAGCUCGGCAAUCCCCCCCAACUCCGGCCUCAGCCUGGAGCCCGGGGCCGGUCCGGAAAUAGCCGAGCGGAUCCGGAAACAGCCGAGAGGACCCGGAAGCGGUGAGCGCCGUCACCAGGGAGUGCGGGAACCCGCCGUUUGCACAGAGGCGAUGGCGGCAGCUGCGCCGGCGGCCGCAGGCGAGGAUGGCCGGCGACGGCGGCUGGGGGCCGGCUUGGACCCCAAACCCCAAGAUGGGGCAAAGGUUGAGGCCGAGUCCGGGGAGGUCGGCCGGCUUCGCGCUGAGCUGGCAGGCGCCCUGGCAGAAAUGGAGACCAUGAAGGCUGUGGCGGAGGUGAGCGAGAGCACGAAGGCCGAAGCUGUGGCCGCAGUGCAGCGGCAAUGCCAAGAAGAGGUGGCCUCGCUGCAGGCCAUCCUGAAAGACUCCAUCAGCAGCUAUGAAGCCCAGAUCGCUACCCUGAAGCAGGAGCGGCAGCAGCAGCAGCAGGACUGCGAGGAGAAGGAGCGGGAGCUGGGCCGCCUGAAGCAGCUGCUGUCCCGGGCUCACCCCCUGGACUCCUUGGAGAAGCAGAUGGAAAAGGCCCAUGAGGACUCGGAGAAGCUGCGAGAGAUCGUGCUGCCCAUGGAGCAGGAGAUUGAGGAGCUGAAGGCGAAGCUGCUGAGGGCGGAGGAGCUGAUUCAAGAGAUCCAGAGACGGCCCCGGCAUCCCCCUUCCCUGCACGGCUCCACGGAGUUGCUGUCCUUGUCCCGGGACCCGUCUCCCCCGCUGGAGCCUCUCGAGGAGCUGAGUGGAGACGGGGGUGCGGCAGCCGAGGCCUUUGCCCACAACUGUGACGACAGCGCCUCCAUCUCCUCCUUCGCCCUCGGCGGUGGGGCCGGCAGCAGCGCCUCCUUGCCCCGGAGCCGCCAGGGCCUGAGCCCUGAGCAGGAAGAGACAGCCUCCCUGGUGUCCACGGGCACCCUGGUCCCCGAGGGCAUCUACCUGCCCCCUCCUGGUUACCAGCUUGUCCCAGACAACCAGUGGGAGCAGCUGCAAAUGGAGGGGCGGCAGCUGCAGAAGGACCUGGAGAGCAUCAGCCGGGAGCGGGACGAGCUGCAGGAGGGUCUGAGACGGAGCAACGAAGACUGCGCCAAGCAGAUGCAGGUGCUGCUGGCCCAGGUCCAGAACUCAGAACAGCUGCUGCGGACCCUGCAGGGGACCGUGAGCCAGGCCCAGGAGCGGGUUCAGCUGCAGAUGGCAGAGCUGGCUACCUCCCACAAGUGCCUGAGCCACGAGGUAAAGCGGCUGACUGAGGAAAACCAAGGGCUCCGGGCCGAGCAGCCGCCGUCUUCAGCCCCCUGGGGCCUGGAGCAGGAUGAGGGCCAAGAGGAAUCGCUGCCCAGCUCCGUGCCGGAGCUGCAGCAGCUGGUGUGCCGCACGCGGCAGGAGGCACGGGCCCAUCAGCAGGCCCAGGAGCACGAGGCUGAGCGCCUGCGGAUUGAGAUCGUGACGCUGCGGGAGGCCCUGGAGGAGGAGACGGCGGCGAGGGCCAGCCUGGAGGGGCAGCUGAGGGUGCAGCGGGAGGAGACAGAGGUGUUAGAGGCCUCCCUGUGCAGCCUGAGGACGGAGAUGGAGCGGAUCCAGCAGGAACAGAGCAAGGCCCAGCUCACAGACCUCCUCUCAGAACAGAGGGCGAAGGUGCUGCGGCUGCAGGCGGAGCUGGAGACCAGUGAACAGGUGCAGAGGGACUUCGUACGACUGUCCCAGGCCCUGCAGGUGCGCCUGGAGCGGAUCCGCCAGGCAGAGAGUCUGGAGCAAGUGCGUAGCAUCAUGGACGAGGCGCCCCUCAGGGACGUCAGGGACAUCCAGGACACCUGAGGGCAGAACCGCCCGCCCUGGGGAGACUGCCUUUCUCCACUCCCGGACUGUGAGGCCUGGGCUUGGGGGGUUUCAGAAUGGAGUCUUUACCCUCUCCAAGCCUGGGUGGAGGUGACAGGGCCACCUCUGCCCUGUCGCUCCAGUGCCUCCUCCCAGGGGUGGCUGGGCCUUCUGCUCCCAAGGAUGACACCUGGGUGAGGGUCCCAAUCCCCUUCUGGAGCCAAAGGUGCAGGCUCAGCCCUGCAGCUGUCUGGCUGCCAUGCUGCCUCUGAGUCCCAACCCUCCCGCCGCCUCCCCAGCCAGACUAACAGCCACGCCUGUUAGGACCGGUCCGUCCAGCCCCCCGAGGCACAGCCCCCCGAGGCACAGCCGAGCUGAGAGUGGGGGUGGAGCCUCGGGUCUGUGUCUGUCAGCGGGCCCUCCACACGCGCACCUGGGACAGGCAGCUGCUUUCUGAAGCGCAUGACACUAAGAUGCUUGUCCCCGAGAUGUGCGCGGAGGCCGGGCCAGACUGUUCUGUCAUUUAUUUUCAAUAAAUAAGCAGCUGAGCUCA